AUGUCGAUUACAUUGAAAGUGGAACAGGCAGCCAGUCACUCCUGUAUCCUUUCCCACAAGAUGGGGAUCUCCAGGAGGUUUUCGCCGCCAAUCUUUGUCUAUCUCAUUAACAUAGUGCCGUCAUUGUGGAUUUUGGAACUUCAGCCUAAAAAUCAGUUUUGCCCCAAUGAAUAUGAAUAUGGGCAGCUUGUGAAGAACCACAGUGAAAAAGUCAAACUCAGUUACAGAAACGAGGCCACAACAAACAACAUAAUGGAAAAGCUACAACAGGCCCAUGAGUUUGUCAACACACUCUCCAAAAUGUGUGAGCCCAUCUGGACACUGAGCCUCCAUCAGACGUUUCUCCUGCUCCUCAUCCUGGGCCGCUGGCUGCUACCCAUCGGUGGGGAAAUCACCAGGGACCAGUUGUCUCAGCUGCUGCUUCUGUUUGUGGGCACUGCGGCAGAUAUCCUUGAAUUCACCAGUGAAACCCUGGAAAUAGAGAACGUACGGAACAAGGAUGCUCUUGUGUAUGUAAUCCUAGCCGUAUGGACUUGGGGCCUGUUGCAGUUCCCUCUGGAUCUAGCAGUGCAACACCUCAACUGUGGUCGAACAGCCUCAUCCACGAAAGUUUUCCAUUUGCUUCUCUGCAGACACAGCGCUGAUCUGUGGAACAUCGGCAUCAGCCUGUUCAUUCAAGACGGCCCUUUUCUUGUGGUGCGCUUGAUCCUGAUGGGCUAUUUUCAGGUUGUGAACCAGAUGCUUGUGUUUUUUGCAGCCAAGAAUAUUUUAAUUGUGAUGUUGCAGUUGUACCGUCUAGUAGUGCUAUUGCUGGACUUCCAUGCCUCCCUCCAGUGCAGGGCCAACCACCAGGAAGGAGCAGCUUCGUGUUGCCCAUGUGAGCCGAGCCUCAUCACCCUUCCGCCCAGCUGCACAAAUGGUGGAGGGUGCUCUGCCGCUGCUGCCCCAGCCCUGGGGGACACCUUCCCCGACUCCGCUGAGUGCCUGUGAAACAAGGUCUCUUCUGCCCAAGGAUUGGCCCUUUCCUGCGCUGGCCACGUUUGAACCGGCCGGCCUUAGCAAGCAGCCCCGUCGGUCCGCUGCAAGAUGGAAGCCUGAUCCUGACGGCAAAGGAGAGAGAUUUGAGUGGGAACUGGAGAAAACAAAACCCUUCCUGUUGAUUAGAGGGAUUGACACAGUAUCCAUUGUAUUUAUCCGUUGUGUACCUGACGGGACUAAGCUGAAGCAGUUUUCUGGUGGUGGGAUUUUUUCAGUGUGAGGCGUUUACAGACUCAGUGAUUGCCUUAAGGGCCCUGCAAUAACGGAACAUUUGCCUGAAGUUCAGGUUCACGUCUGGAACGUGAUGCAGAACCCCUUGAUCCCGUCUGAGGAUUAUUUCAAUUCUGACAGCAAUAUGGAAGUACAAAUAAAUGGAAAGAGCAUUUUCCUUCUUCCAAUCUGUCGUGGAAACAUGUAUUCAGUGAAUGCAGCAAUGGCUGGUUUUGCAAUCGCCGCCUUCUUGCACAGAUUGAGAACAGUAUGGUUUACCAUGGAGGCAUUUCCCCGCCUUACGCAAUACUACAUUCUAGUGAUUACGACUCAUUUUGCCCUCAGUUCUACUUCGUUUUGCACCAGCAUCGUGCUUGAUGUAACCUUGUCACAAUUCACCUACUUCUGCCCUGCUUACGUUGCUUCUUUUCCACAAACCAGUGGGCAACCUUUCAGUGAUCCAGACUCAGUGAGAUUUUUCCGGGGAGGGACAGUAGGCCAAGUGGGCAUGUCUCAUGCGAGCUCCUCCCAGCCGAAGAAGUUGCAGUCAAGAAUAAAUCUUGAGGAAAGUACUGGUGGGAAGCACAACUGUUCAUCUCUCAACUCUGGCACUGUGCGAAUUUUAUCUCGGAUCUAAGCAAUAACACUGCCACGGUCGUUUCUGUUUGGAAUAGUUCUAGCCUUUGAAAUGAAAUAUUGUAUUAGCUGACCAAAGGCUUGCAUGCUUAGAAUAACUUUUUUAUUGUUUUUAGUGAAAAAAAACCCUGUUCAAAGUCUUAUUAUUGCUGAAUUCAGUUUUGAUAUAGUAGGUGCAGUUAUUUCUUCCGUUUCUGAAUGUUGGUGUUUCAUCUUUUGUUACUUGAGCCCAGUUUUUUUAAUGCAAAGGGAGGAGAUGCAUUUAA